ACUCGGCGGCCGGCUGCCAGGCUGCACGGAGGGAGGCGGCCCCGCGCUCCGACCCCCGCCGCGGCUGCAGGAGCUGCAAGAACUUUUGAAGCUGGACCUGACAAUGUGCAGUCUGAAAUGCUGCAGCUUAAGAGCAUUUUUUCUGUUGGUGCUGUGUAGGUCAGUGCAGGUUUCUGAAGCUGAAGGAAAAGGUGAAAUUCUUCCCCCAACCAUACAAAAUAUAAUAAAAGGAUACAACAAAUACCUACGUCCAUUUUUUGACAAUGGUCCUGUGUCUGUUGGAAUGAGUCUGGAUAUUGCAAGCAUUGAUACCAUAUCAGAAAUAAAUAUGGACUAUACGGCGACCAUAUUUCUGAGGCAGCGGUGGACUGAUGAGAGGCUUUGUUUUGAUGGCAAUAAGAGUUUAAGUUUAGAUGGUCGGCUUGUGGAAAUGCUCUGGGUCCCGGAUACCUUCAUAGUUGAUUCAAAAAAGUCUUUUCUUCAUGAUAUCACUGUUGAGAAUCGGCUGAUAAGAAUAUACCCUAAUGGGACAGUCUUGUAUGCUAUACGGAUCACCACAACUGUUGCAUGCAGCAUGGACCUGACCAAAUACCCAAUGGAUAAGCAGACGUGUACCUUGCAACUGGAAAGCUGGGGUUACAACAUCAAUGAUGUCAUGUUUUACUGGACUAGAGGAAAUGAUUCUGUCCGUGGAUUGGACACGCUCCAGCUGGCGCAAUAUACAGUGGAAGACCACUUUACCUCAGUAUCUGAAGCAGUAUAUGAAACAGGACGCUACCCCAAGUUAGUGUUUCACUUUGAGCUCAAGAGAAACAUCUUGUAUUUUAUACUAGAGACAUACGUACCAUCAAUUCUCUUGGUUGUGCUCUCCUGGGUAUCGUUUUGGAUAAGCCAGUCAUCAGUUCCAGCCAGAAUCUGCAUAGGUGUUACCACAGUCCUCACUAUGACAACGCUGAUGAUGGGAGCCAGGACUUCACUCCCAAAUGCUAACUGCUUUAUUAAGGCAAUUGAUGUGUACCUUGGCAUCUGUUUCAGUUUCAUCUUUGGAGCAUUGUUAGAGUAUGCUGUGGCUCACUUCUGUGCUCUGCAUAGACCCAGUUCAAAGGAAAUUCCGAAGGAUGAGGAUGAAGGGACUGAAGAAGAAAGGAAUGGAGUUCUGGCAGCAGUUGCUAACAGUUGCAGUGCUUCUGACAACACGAACAAAAUUGAUUCAGACAAGGGCAGCAAAACCAGCAUCAAUGGCAAAAAGGACAGAAAUAAGCACGGUGGGUGUAGCUCGCCAAUGUCCAUAAUGAAAAGUCUUUUCUGUAUCUUCGAUUGUUUCCAUGUUAAAAAUCCUUACCACAUAGACAACUACGCCAGGUUUUCUUUCCCAUUAUCAUUCAUCAUAAUUAAUGUAUUUUACUGGGUAUAUUAUUUGUAUUUCUAAAUCUUUUGAGGUGUAAAAUUGUCACAGCUCAACAUCUAGAAAGGAGAUAUGGUUGGUGAAGUUACAGAAGAAAGAGAAAGCUGCCUUAGGAAAAAGGGAUAUAAGUGGACAUGCUCUUUUCAAACUUUCAUGCCAAGUCUCAUUAACUCUCUUUUCUGCCAUUAAAUGACUGCCAUCUGAAGUUGACUUUCCUUUUAGCAUGCAUGUCCCGUAUCAUUUGUCAAUGACCACAAAGUCCUUUUUUAAUAUUUGAAUGGCCAACUUUGUAAAAUAAAAGUUAUACUACGUUUGUUUCUGAACUGUAUUGAAUAUAUUUAAAAAUAAAGAUAAUGAAGUGUAA